CGAAGGCCGCGCGUUCGCAUUUUGCUCGAUGUUGUCCAAGGUGUUGCCAACCCGCAAGGUGUUGCCAAGGCGAGCCGCCGCAGUGUCCGGCAAAAGUAGUGGCGAGAGACUGCUCGUCCGGUUUGCCGGCGAGAAGCGCUAUCAUCGCCGCGUCGUGAGUGUGCACGCCUCUUUCCUCUCCGUUCGUGCAAAGGGCGGCCGGCUGCUUCUCUCCGUCCCUCUCGAGGGCGCGGCGGUGUUCGUGCAGCUCUCGCGGCUCAAGUGCGUCAUCCAGGCCUCGUCCGGCUCAGAGGUCGAGCUCAAGCCCGGCAGCGCCUCCUCGCUCGAAAUACUGCACGGCGGAGUCGCUCUGCGCGCGUGGCGGCUCGCCUUUAGCACCGAGGUGGACGGUUGUUCGCUGCAGACGCUGCUUCGCCGGCUCGAGGGGAGCGAGGACCACCUGCUGCUGCUGCGCGACGCCGGCGGAGCGACGUUUGGCGCCUUUGUGGCCGGCGAGUGGCGGAGCGGCGCCGCCAGCUACUUUGGCAACGGCGAGGCGUUCCUCUUUGCUUGGGCGGCCGGCGGGGAGGGGGGCGGCGAGGGCGAGGGUGGCGGCGAGGGUGGCGGCGAGGGCGAGGGUGGCGGCGAGGGUGGCGGCAAGGGCGAGGGUUGCCGGUUGCGCGUCUUCCCUUGGGCACGGGCGAACCGCCUCAUCGCGCACGCAAGCCCGAGCGGUCUCGCCUUUGGCGGCCCAUCCUGCGGCCUAUCGCUCGACGCGUCGCUUGAGCACGGCACUUCGCUCGCGUCGGAGACCUUCGCCAGCGAGCCGCUCUCCUCUGCUGGCGGCGCCGGCGACUUCCGCUGCCUCCGCCUCGAGGCGUGGUGCCUUGGCGCGGUCGAGCGGCGUGGGAGCGGCGCCGCGGCGGGACGCGCCUCCGCCGCCGCCGAGUCGUGCCUGGUGGGCGGCUGAGCGGGCGGCGUGGGGGGAUAGACAGACGCUGUUUCGGUUUGGUGUACAGUAUGUAGCUGUCGACAUCCGGUGCAGGUCCUCAAGUACAGUCACACAGGUGUACAGGGUACAGGUCAGGUGCGCACACGCAGGCUUUAGGAAGGUCGAGUACAGAGGUACCAGGUACGUGGCUGGGUUCACAGCGAUUGUAGGUAAAUGGAGGGAACACUUG